UACGAAGGCAUAGCCACGACAGACGGGCAGAGAAUCGAUUGCACUGCCAGAAGGAAGGUGAUCAAAAUGGCUAUGUCUAGAGGAGGAGUCGCAGAAGAAGAAGAAGAAGAAGAAGGGCCAACAACAGCUGCGCUAUCAGAAGCGACGGCAGGAGCGGCAGCAGGAGGAAGAGAUGGCAGAGGCGAUUCGAUUCAUCGGUUUCGGCAGGAGGAAGAGAUGGCAGAGGCAACGACUGGAAGAACAGGCAGAGGCAGAGUCCGAGGAGGAGAUCUUUUGCACUCAGAUCCAGCUCCGGCUGUUGAUCGGACGGUUGGCUCUGAUCCCGGCGAGCCGACGGUCCUUGAAAAUGACGAGGAACGGUGUAGAGAGCAGAGGAUGGAUUCGGACUCCGCCUUUUCAAUUGGGAAGAGGCUUAAGAUCGUAUCGUCUUUUUUCAAGGAGUUAUGGGCCUUAUGGCCGACCAAGACGAAGACGGUGUCUGCUGAAGCUGCAGAUGAACGGUCGACAGAGCAGAGAACGGAUUCCGCCUCAGGGUCUCCAAUCGGGAAGAGCGUAUCGUCGGUUUUCAAGGAGUUAUGGCGGCGUGAUUUGUCGAUUCGCAGGAAUCUGAUUUGCCCUGCAACUUCAGAGCGAAGGUCAGCAAGAGAGACGAGAAUUGACUGGCUCGAUCCUAUUAGGAAGAGCGUCGUUUUGUCGUUAAUGAGAAAGUUAUGGGCGCGUGUUUUGUCGAUUACCGAGCGUGUGUCUCGGCCUCUGCGCGACAAUGUGUCAUUCUUUCGCCUACACGUUGCCUAUUUUGUAAGCUUGAUCCUGGUGGGGUCGUUGCUCCUGUGGGCCAUACCCGUACGCCGGCAGAACAUGCUGCCUGUUCCCAAGCGUCGGAUGGAUUUCAUCGAUGCUGUAUUUUUUGCGGCAUCAGCCGCGUGUGUCACGGGUUUAAUCACGUUGGAUAUGAGCGUCUUCAGGACCGGGCAGUUAGUCGUUUUGAUGUUGUUGUCAGCACUCGGUGGGGGGGUGUUCACAUCCCUGGGUCCGGUGUUGGUGCGGCGACACUAUUUCCGUCUUAAGCUGAGAGAGACUGAAGAGAUGGAGAAGGCAGCGAACGCGGGGCAAAGGUCUGAGCAGCAUCAGCAGCGGCUGAAGCAGGAAGAUCGACAGACAGACACUCAUGGGAACGAUGGAGAACAGGCGCAUAUGGGAGACCCUGCGCGGUCGUCUUGCUCCUCAGGCGGCGUUUCCCAGGCAGGAGGAGGAGGAGGAGGAGGAGAAGCCGGCCGGGACUCGACCCUGACGGUUGAUGAAACCCAGGCAGAGGAUGUAGGAGAGAAAGUAGUUGUAGUCAUAGCAGGAGCCGCAGGAGCACCAGAAGCAUCGACAGGAGGAGGUGGAGGAGGAGGAGGAGGAGGAGGAGCAGCAGCCGGAGGAGGGAAGGUCCACAAGGAAGACACCAUGACGGUACGGGAUGAUAGACAGGCAUCUUUUCAGAGAAGAGGCAGACGAAGAGGAGGCGAAGAAUCGUCUACGGAGGCCGACUGGGAUGGAGGCGGCAUGAGAGGAGGAGGCCAGCAUCAAAGAUUUCCUAGCCUCACUUGGAGUGCCGGUGCGGCUUACAAACCAGUGCCACGCGAGAUGGUCGGUGACGCUCGGGACAAAUGGCGAGUGGUACCUACCGGUAGUGGAGAAGGAGCAGGAGGAGGAGGAGGAAGAAGUGGUGUUAGCGGUAGUGGUGGUAGGCCGGUGGUUACGCCGUCUGGUGGUCGUGCGCGGGAUAGGGAAAACACCCGUGAUUCACUGGGCUUGCCGCUUUCGUCGGCCCGCGAGGACCUCGAUAAUGACGAUGACGACAACACGGAGUUCUACCUCGUGGACUAUCACAAGAUCAGAUCCGUUGAGUACCUUGCGCUGGCCGAACUUAGUAAGCUGGUGCCUUUGUACUACGGCGUGUGCAUCUUCGUGGGCUCGAUUAUCAUGACUAUGGUGUUGGCCACGUCGCCAACAGACAAAGCGAUUGUUGAAAGGACCGGGGCCAACCUGUACUUCUUCUCCCUUUUCCACUCCUUCAUGGCCUUUUGUAACGCUGGAUUGUCUAUCAAUCCGGCGAACUUCCUGCCUUUCUACAAAUCGAUGGGCGUUCUCGUCGUCGCCGCCACUCUGAUUCUCCUUGGCAACACGCUUUAUGCCCCCACGAUGCGCGGCAUCAUACUUCUGCUCCAUCGCUUCUCCAAGAAGAAGAAGCGCGUGUACGAGUACCUGCUGGACCAUCCGCGAAAGUGUUUCACCCAUCUCUUCCCCGGCCCGCAGACGAAAUGGCUGCUCAUCGCCGUGAUCGGGAUCAAUGCCGUGCAGUCUGUGUCUUUCUAUGUUCUCGACUGGGAGAGUAAAGGGUUCGCGGAGAUGAGCACGUUCGACAAACUCGCUAACGGCCUGUUUCAGUCGAUAAGCACGCGGCACGCUGGCUUCCAGACGGUGGUCAUACCGUUGCUCAAUCCCGCGAUGGUCGUGUUGUACACCGGCUUCAUGUACGCGGCCGUCUAUCCCGUCUUUUUGGCACGUCAGCAAUCUCGCGCGCCGCAAGAAGCGUACCAUGACGCAGACAUCGGGAUCCCGAUCGUCGACUGGGAGUCGGAGCUCGUGGCGAACAGCGUGAAGUGGCAGGCGGCGGGACUGCUCGGGCAAGACGCCUUCCUGCUGUUCGUUGCUACCUUCCUGAUCUGCGUGAUUGAAGCAUGGAAAAUCAGGACAGACGUCAACUUUGCGAUCAUGAACAUCAUCUUCGAAGUGGUAAGCGCGUUCGGCAACGUAGGAGUCACCACUGGCAUUUGUUUUCCGGUAGAUGGGAACGAUCUGCAAUCGGGCUGUAACUCGAGUUCGCCCAAUUACAGUCUGUCUGGAGCGUUCCAUCCCUUGUCCAAAGCCAUUAUCGUGUUUGUCAUGUUGUUGGGUAGACAUAGAGGAUUGCCGCACAACAUAGAUUCAGCCAUACGCAUUCCCAAGAAGGCGUUAUUUAGGCGACAGACCGCUACGCUGCCGGCGGAUCUGACGGACUCGAUCACUUUCCUCACAAGCGUGCACAGAGAGUUGACAAGCCUACGAUUCUUACCGCAAGUGGGAGAAAAUCUGAGGGCAAAGGAGAGAGAAGAGAUGGCGGCACUGAAUGCGAGGCGGGUGUCGUUGAGAGAGCUAGCGGAGGAGAUUCGGAGGGAGACACUAAGGAGACGUGUCGUCGCGCAGGCAACAGAAGGCGAAGGAGGAGGAGGAGUAGAGGGAAAGGGGGAUGAGCAGUAGGAAAAGGAGGGCGGGGGUGGGGUAAGCAACGGCAAGGUUGUGUGGGGCUACAUGCCUUAAGUUUGUGCGAGAGCUAGAAAAGAGAGGAGAUUCAGAGAGGAACGCGUCGGGGACAUCAUUUGGUACGAAGAUAGCAGUAUCAUUAGUGGUAAUAGUAGUAAUAGUAGGAGUAGAGGGAACGGAGGCUAAGCAGUAGGAGAAGGAGAGCAGCAACGACAAGGAGAUUCUGAAUCAGAGGCAGGCGUAGAGAAGAUCUGGUACGAAGGAGAGCAGAGGAGAUUCUGAAUCAGAGGAAGGGCGUAGAGAAGAUUUGGUACCAAGGUAGCUCCAGCAUUAGUUGUAGUAGCAGGAGGAGGCGGAGGUAGAGGAUGGAGGGCCAGGAGAAGAGCAAGGUUGCGUGCAGAGGAGGGCGUCGGCGUCAUUCGGUACGAAGAUAGCAGCAGCGUUAGGAGUCGUAAUAGUAGGAAGAGGAGGAGGUAGGAGGGAGGGGCAGGCAGGGCAGGAGAACAGGAAUAUAAACAAUAAGGAGUUCGUGAAGCCAUGGCUGCGAUGGGGAAAGAUCAAGGGUGAGAGAGAAAAACAGACGAAGAUAAAUAUGUGAAGGGGGGAAAGAGAGGGAGGUGGCGAACAGAGAGACAUCCUCCCCCUCCUCCUCCCUCUCAUGAUCUUUUGCCCUUUCUUUCCUUUUGUCCUCCCCCUCCUCCUCCCUCUCCUGUUCGACAAUGUGCAUUCUAUAAAAUGCCAAAAAACUUGUUCUCUGGUCGAUCCUCCUUUCACUCCUUUCACUGUACAUAGCCCGCCACUCAACGAAAGGAGAGCUGAACCCACGGCGUUUCUCAGACACACACUCAUAGACACUUACAAACACUCACAGACUUAUGUUUGUCAGACAUACUUAGCCAUUCUUUUGUACCAUAAUAGGACGCUGGACCCGUUUUCCAGUAGGUGCAGCUCCCCACUCCUAGAUGGGGCCUUACAACAGGUUUUCUCUUGAAGGGGAUCAUCCUAUCACCCCGUUAAGUGGGAUCCGGCGUGAAGUUUAAGGGGAAAAAAAAAAAAAAAGAUUAAAGGGGGGAAAAAAGAAAAGGAAAGGAAAGGAACAUUAUAAUUUUUAGCGUAUUUAAGUGUAUAAAUAAUAUCCAUGCACGUAUGGUCAUUUUAAUUUAGACGUACUGAGUUGGUACUGAGUUGAGUCAGACGAUGGGAGAAUGAGGAAGAGCCGCACACGGAAGAAAUGCGCGCGGCAGAAUUUAAGCUUGCUAUGUUGACAUGGUCAUGUAGUCGGUUGCUAUGGGCGACUGGAGUACGUAUAGUCUGUUGCUAUGGGUGACCGGCGUACUAUGUGUGCAGAGUGUAAUUACUCAGGAAUUAUUUGCAUUGUAAGUUGAAUUGGAGGUUGGAGGUCACAGGCUCAAAUUCUGUAGGAUGCUGAAUUCUUCGGGAAAGUGGCCGAGUGGGUCCAUUUGAGGAGGUUAGUCGGUCAGGGUGGGACCGUGGGGGUAAUUACUUGGGAGUGUUAUCGCACUGGAUUGUUCGAGCCUUCGAACGGU